AUGCGAGCCGCCCCGAGCCUCCGCGGCUGUGUCUGCCUGCUGCUCGCCCUGAUCCUAGACCUGGCGCGCGGCUACUUGACCGUCAACAUUGAGCCUCUCCCACCUGUGGUGGCUGGUGAUGCCGUGACCUUGAAAUGUAACUUCAAAACAGAUGGCCGCAUGCGUGAAAUCGUGUGGUACCGGGUGACAGAUGGUGGCACCAUCAAACAGAAGAUCUUCACCUUCGAUGCCAUGUUCUCCACCAACUACUCCCACAUGGAGAACUACCGCAAGAGGGAGGACCUGGUGUACCAGUCCACUGUGAGGCUGCCGGAGGUCCGGAUCUCAGACAACGGUCCCUACGAGUGCCACGUGGGCAUCUACGACCGAGCCACUAGAGAGAAGGUGGUCCUGGCCUCAGGAAACAUAUUCCUCAACGUCAUGGCUCCUCCCACCUCCAUCGAAGUGGUGGCCGCUGACACCCCAGCCCCUUUCAGCCGCUACCAAGCCCAGAACUUCACACUGGUUUGCAUCGUGUCCGGCGGGAAACCAGCACCCAUGGUUUAUUUCAAAAGAGACGGGGAACCAAUUGAUGCAGUGCCACUGUCAGAGCCCCUGGUUGCCAGUUCCGGGCCCCUCCAAGAUGGCAGGCCCUUCCGCAGCCUCCUCCACCGAGAUCUGGAUGACACCAAGAUGCAGAAGUCACUGUCCUUGCUGGACACUGAGAACCAGGGUGGGCGUCCCUACACAGAGCACUCCUCCCGAGGCCUGACACCAGAUCCCAGCAUCUUCCUCCAGCCCACCACUGAGAACAUCCCAGAGACGGUUGUAAGCCGCGAGUUCCCCCGCUGGGUCCACAACUCGGAGCCUAUCUACUUUCUGCGCCACAGCCACACUCCAGGCAGUGAUGGCACCGUGGAGGUGCGUGCCCUGCUCACCUGGACCCUCAACCCGCAAAUCGACAACGAGGCCCUCUUCAGCUGUGAGGUUAAGCACCCAGCGCUGUCGAUGCCCAUGCAGGCAGAGGUCAUGCUGGUUGCCCCUAAAGGACCCCAAAUCAUGAUGACACCCCGCAGAGCCCGGGUUGGGGACACAGUGAGGAUUCUGGUCCACGGGUUUCAGAACGAAGUCUUCCCGGAGCCCAUGUUCACGUGGACGAGGGUCGGGAGCCGCCUCCUGGACGGCAGCACCGAGUUCGAUGGGAAGGAGCUGGUGCUGGAGAGGGUCCCUGCUGAGCUCAACGGCUCCAUGUACCGCUGCACAGCCCAGAACCCGCUGGGCUCCACGGACACGCACACUCGGCUCAUCGUGUUUGAAAACCCAAACAUCCCAAGAGGAACGGAGGACUCCAAUGGUUCCGCAUCUGGCCCUGCUGGCAUCCGGCUCACCUUGGUGCUCGCCCUAACAGUGGUCCUGGAGCUGACGUGA